GAUGCUUGGGAAAUUCAGGCAUCUGGAAGGCAACUCCCAAUAAACUUUGGGAUGGAGGACAAGGCAGAGCCUAAGGUCCUGGAGCGGGGAAGACAGAGACUAGUAAUAAGUAAAGCUGUUGGAGAGAUCUUGACACCAUGGUGGGAGAAUCAAGACCAGGUGGGAGUUGAGAACAGAGCUGAAAGUCAGAAACUACGGAAGAGAAAUCAGAGGGAUGCUGGAGGUGAGAAUCUUUCUGAAACCCAGGCACGAAGAGGAGAGAAACAGGAACAGUUAAGAUGUAAAAUUGAUGCAGAGACCCAAACGCCAAUGUGGGAGACGCAGGAUAGGAGUAGGAAUAAGGAUGCUACAGAGACCCAGUCUUUUGAGAAGAAUAAGAAAGAAGCCAGAGGAGAGGAUGAAGGAGAGACCCGGGCCCAAGGGUUGAGGAAGCAGGGCCAGACUGGAACUGAGAAUGGUGGGGAGACCCAGCUGCCAGGGUGGGGAAAACAAGACCAGAUUAAAGGUGAUACUAGUAUAGAAAUUCAGGCAGAAGAGAGGAGAAGAAAGGGCCAGGUUGGAGGUGAGAAUGCUGUGCAAAUCCAGAUAUCUGGGAGGGGGAACUUGGGGGAAGUGAAAAAAGAGGAUGGCCUAGAGACCCAAGCCCUGGUGUGGGGAAAACAGGAAUGCGUUCAAAGUGAGAAUGUUACAGAGAUCCAGACACCAGGGUGGGAAAUGCAGGAUCAAAACGGAAGUGAGAAAGCUGGGAAGGUCCAAUUAUAUAGGAUAGAGAUCCAGAAACAACUAAGACAUGAACUUCAAGUGGGGUGGGGAAAUCAAGCCCUGAAAACAGGUGAGGAUGCUGGGCAAAGCCAGAUAUCUAGAAGGAAGAACCUCAGGGAGAUAAGAGCGGAGGAUUGGGUGGUGAUCCAGGCACGAUUCUGGGGAGACCAGAAACCAGUAGCAAGUGAAAUUGGGAGAGAAUUCAAGAUACCAUGUUGGGGGAAUCAGGACCAGAUUGGAGGUGAACAUAGAGCAGAAAUUCAGGCACUGGAGAAGAGAGACCAGAGAAAGAACGGAGAUGAAGAUGGUACAGAUAUCCUGGCACCCGAGGCAGAGAACCAGAGACAAUUAAGAGGUGUAACUCAUGUAGAGACCCAUCUACCAGGAAGGAGGAACCAGGAGCAGUUUGUUGAUGUGAAUAGUACAGACAUCCAGGCAACAGGGAAGAGAAACCUGAGAGGCGUUAAAGGUGAACAUGGUAAAGAGACUCAGAAACUUGGGGAAGAAAACCAGCAUCAGUUAAACAGUGAAAUUAAUGGAAGGAUUCACAUACCAAAGUGGAAAAAUCAGGAACACAUUAGAGGCAAGGAUGGUGCAAAUACCCAGGCAUCUGAGGCAGAGAAUUGGGGAGAAUUAGCAAGUAAAAUUGAUGUAGAAACUCAUUCAGCAGAAUGGAAGAAAGAGGAGCAGAUGGGAGGUGAGAAUGGUGCAGAAAUUCCAGCUCCAGAGAAGAGAAACCAGAGAGAGGCUGGAGCUGAGAAUGGUACAGAGACCUGGGCACCUGGGGAAGAAAACCAGAGUCAGUUAAGAGGUGACACUGAUGGAAAGACUCAUUUGUCAGAUGGGAAGAACCGGGAGCAGAUGGGAGGUGAGAAUGAAACAGAAAUUCAGGCACCAGAGAAGAGACCCCAGAGAGAAGCUGGAGGUGAGGAUGGUACAGAGACCCAGAGACCUGAGAGACAGAAUGAGGGACAGUUAGUUGGUGAAAUUGGAGAGAGCCACUCACCAGGGAGAAGGAGCUGGGAGCAGACUAGAGAAAUGAACAAUGCAGAAAAUCCAACACUGGAGAAGAAAAGCCAGAGAGGGUUUGGAAGCGAGGAUGGUAGAAAGGUCCAGAGACUUAGGGGAGGGAAGCAAAGACUGUUAAAAAAUAAGAUUAAUGGAAAUGUCUGUACAUCAGAGUGGAAGAGCCAGGAACAGAUUGGAGGUGAGAAUGGUGUAGAAUUUCAAAUCCAAGAGAAGAGAAACCUGAGAGGGACCACAGGUGAUGAUGAUAAAGAGACCCAGGCUCCUGGAGGAGAUGAUCAGGGAGAGUUAAGAAGUGAAAUCUAUGGAGAGAUCCAGAUACAAGGGCAAGGAAGCCAGAAUAAGGGUGAAGAUGAGGACGCUGCAGAAAUCCAGGAUGUAGGGAGCCAGGGAAAGUGCAGAGCUGAGGAUGCUGGCAGGCUUCGAGAACUAAGGGGAAGAAACAAGGGCCAAGUCAGAGGAAAGGGUGCUGCUAAAGGCAAUCUCCGAGUUGACUGUUCUGGCGGUGAGGGGCCCCCAGCCCUCACUGGCUCUGGAUAUGGGGCCAUGGACCAGGAACAGGCUGUGGCCUCUGCUCCCUGUCCUGAGAUGAAGCCUCUCCCCCACCAGAAUGAACUCUUCCUGCUUGCCAGUGGGGAGGGAGAGCAUUUGGCCAGCCAGAGCACGGCCACUGCCAGGAAGCACAGUGUCAUUCCAGCUUCCUGGCAGGCCCACCCUAAACUGCAGAAAAGCCGACAAAGGGACAAAGGAGUGGUUCCAGGGAAGACCUCUGGCCUGACUCGACAGCUCCGGAACCCACAGUCUUUGGCUGCUCCCCUGGGCCUGCCCUCUGCCUGCCCCUCUGUCUCAUGUGGCCAAGCCCCACAAGCUGCCACAGCUCUGGUGGAUUUUCCCACUGCCCUCACCAUCCUGCCGAAGUGGCCAGUCCUCAAGAAGAGCCAGCUACUGCUCCUGGAGUCCCUUGUGCAGCAGAAGAUUGCACACCUGAAGUGGGGCCUCCCCCAGCAGAUCCUAGAGUCUUACUUGUGCUUUAACUUCUUAGCACCAUGCCCACUGCCCCUUGCGGGGGUGAGGCUCCCUGGGUUACACAAGGCCUGUGAGCUGCAGGGGCAGCAGGAAAGGCAUUGUGGGGCCCAGGGCUCCAGGCCAGGCCUUAAGUCCCCAGAGAGGUCCCAGAGCGUUCAGCCCCCAGAAAGGAAAAGCUCAAAACCUCCUACACAGGCCAGGGCUCUGGAGAAGCAUAGACCACACCAGACAGAGCCAAUGGGCAUUUCUAUCCAUCCUGAAAAGCCCAAGAGAGUCAGACCACCAGGGGGCCUCAGAGAACGACAGGACGUCCAGAAAGAGGCUCCUCCUAGGGCCAAGCUCACUGCUCCCAGGAACCCGAGGCCUGCAGCAGAAUCUAGUAACUGGUGUGGCCAAGAAAGUGUCCAAGAAGCCUCCAGUGAGAACAGCGGGGGCAGGAAAAUGGUCAGGCCAGGGGUCUCCCAGAUGGCAGAGAGGGCUCCCGGCAGAGUGAGGAUCUCAUACUUCAGGGCAGACCACUGGAGGAAGGGGCACGCACCUCAGGAGCCGCCCAGAUUCAAAUGUCAGCAGCCCACACACAGGAGAAGAGGAAGCCUGGAGCCGGAGGAAGGCAGAGGGGCUGGGCAGCAGCCUUCCUCCUGUUCCACAGACACCUUCAGCUCCAAAAGGAGUCUGCACUCUGCUGCAGCAAGGCUGAGCAUGAGCUUUUUGAACAGGAUUUCCUGGUCCCCACACGUGGCCAAGCCCCAGCACUUAGCCCCCAACCUGAGUGCGAGGGAUCCUGAUCCUAUCCUGCUUCCCAAAGUGGGUGACCCACAUGCAAGGGAGGACAGCAUCAGAGACCACGCUUCUUUGAAGAGGGACCUUCAGCCACCAGGUCACUGCGCUGCUGCGGUUGCUCUUCCCAAAACAGAAGAACUUGAGGAAAUUGAGAACCCACAUGGGGCCCCAAGGAAUCCACCAGCCCCCCAAAAGUUUGGUCUUAUGAAGCAUUUGAGGGGUUUCCUGCUCCAGCAUGGCUUUAGGAAAUAGGCGGUGGGUCCAGAAUCCUCAAAACA